AUGGAGGACAGGGUGUGGACCCCCAUGUGCCUUCUUGUCAUUUUGUCCUUGGGAUGGACUGAUGCUCAGACUAAUGACACUAACACAAGGCCAGUCUUCCACUGUGGAGGCCACCUGGUCACAGACUCCGGCAUCGUGGCCAGUGAAGGUUUUCCCAGCUUGUACAAACCCAACAGCAAAUGCAUCUGGUACAUCACUGUCCCAGAGGAUCAUGUGGUCAUGCUGUCUUUCCGCCUCUUUGACUUGGAGGCUGACCCCAUUUGCCGCUAUGACUACCUGGACGUCUACAACGGUCACUCUCGCCUAGUGCAGAAGUUAGGUCGAUUCUGCGGGACCUUCAGGCCCGGUGCCCUCAUCUCCACCUCCAACACCAUGAUGCUGGAGAUGGUGACGGAUGAAGCCACUGGUGGAAGAGGAUUUCUGGCUUCUUUCAAUGCAGGGAAGCCACAUAUGGAAGAGAACCAGUUCUGUGGAGGACGACUGACCAAAUCACAGGGCUCGGUAAAGACGCCCAACUGGCCCAACUCUAAUUACCCAGCAGGUAUCAGCUGCUCGUGGCACAUCUCCGUAGAGCCGAGCAAUGUGAUUGAGGUACAGUUUGAGAAACUGGAUCUGGAGCCUGACAUGUAUUGUCGUUAUGACUAUGUGGCCUUAUUUAAUGGGGGAGAAACGGAUGACUCGAGGAGGAUAGGGAAAUUCUGUGGAGACAAACCACCAGGCACUAUAGUGACAAAUGGGAACGAGCUGCUUCUCCAGUUCGUGUCUGACCUCAGCGUGACAUCAGAUGGAUUCAUGGCCUACUACUCCAGUGUGCCUCGUGGGUCCCGCACACCCACUGCCGGAGGAGACUUUAUCCACAGACCUCAGAUAAUCUCCACGACAAAAACACCCACCAAACCAACCCCCAAACCAGUUCCCAAACUCAGACCAAGCCCCAAGCCCAAACCCACUCCCAAACCAGUUCCCAAACUCAGACCAAGCCCCAAGCCCAAACCCACUCCCAAACCAGUUCCCAAGCUCAGACCAAGCCCCAAGCCCAAACCCACUCCCAAACCAGUUCCCAAACUCAGACCAAGCCCCAAACCCAAACCCACUCCCAAACCAGUUCCCAAACUCAGACCAAGCCCCAAACCCAAACCCACCCCCAAACCACCCAAAAGGCAACCAGGAAGGCCACCGCUAGUAAAGAAACCUCCACUAAACAGACCCACUACUACUAACAUCAAACCCACAUCUAAACCUAAACCUACACCUAAGCCUAAACCUAAACCUGAAAUUAAACCAACACCAGAGCCCAAACCUAAACCUGAAAUUAAGCCUACACCAAAGCCCAAACCUAAACCUACACCUAAACCUAAGGUCAUUAAACCAACUCUUAAACCAAGAGUCAAGGUUAAACCCACACCUAAGCCCACUAUAAAACCUAAAGCGAAACCAGUGAAGCCAACCACUAAGGCAGUAGUUAAACCAACAGUCAAACCUAAACUGAAACCCACAGCAUCAUCUACACCAGGAGUAACCAAAGCAGUGACAAAGAAACCCGAUGUGAGCAAGAAACCUUUACCACUGAACCCACUGUGUACACAACCCUGUAAGCGGACUGGAACCCUCCAAACCAGCUUCUGCCCUCAUGACUUUGUGAUUACGGGUAAGGUUACAUUUAUAGAUCCUGGUCCAAGGGGCUCAGCAACCAUCGAAGUGUCACUGAUCAAGGCGUAUAAGACAGGAAGCCUCACCGUCACCAAAUCAGGACCCGCCAAAACAGUCACACUGACUUCUACCUGCAAGAAAUGCCCAGGGCUAAUCAAAGGCCGUAACUACGUGUUGAUGGGAAAAGUGGACACAGAGGGCAAUGGCCAUUUGAGCCCCUCCAGCUUCACCCUCCUCUUUAAGCCCGUUCAUUCAAAAGCACUGGAUGUCCUUUCUCGCAAAUCAUGCUGACAUCGUGGCCUAAACCACCAAUCAAACUGACGGCCUUGACUCUUUAGAAAAUGUAACAUUGCAUAAAGAGUGAAAGUAUUAUAAGCAAUAUCCUGCAGAAUUU